AUGAACCCUCAGAAAGUCAAGCCUCCUGAAGACCUCCAGGAUCUGGGUGUGAGAUUUCUUCAGCCAUUUGUGAAUUUGCUAUCAAAAGCGACAUACUGGUGGAUGAACACUCUUAUCAUAUCUGCACAUAAGAAGCCUAUUGAUCUGAAGGCCAUUGGAAAAUUGCCAAUAGCAAUGAGGGCAGUAACAAAUUAUGUUUGCCUGAAAGAUGCAUAUGAAGAACAAAAGCUUUCCACAGUCUUUAUGAAUGCAGCAAUUCCCAUAGCAGCUGUUCUUGCUACAUUUGUGACCCAUGCAUACGCCAGUGGGAACAACCUAAAACCUGCAGAGGCCUUUGCUUCACUGUCUCUCUUUCAUAUCCUUGUCACACCACUAUUCCUGCUCUCCACCGUGGUCAGAUUUGCAGUCAAAGCCAUCAUAAGUGUUCAAAAGCUGAAUGAGUUUCUCUUGAGUGAUGAGAUUGGUGACGACAGCUGGCGGACCGGGGAAAGUUCUUUGCCUUUUGAGUCCUGUAAGAAACAUACCACAGUGCAGCCAAAAACUAUAAACAGGAAGCAGCCUGGGAGAUACCACCUGGACAGCUAUGAGCAAUCAACAAGAAGACUUCGUCCUGCAGAGACAGAGGAUAUUGCAAUAAAGGUCACAAAUGGAUACUUUUCAUGGGGCAGUGGUUUAGCUACAUUAUCCAAUAUAGACAUUCGAAUUCCAACAGGUCAGUUAACCAUGAUUGUGGGUCAAGUAGGAUGUGGGAAGUCCUCUCUCCUCCUCGCCAUCCUUGGUGAGAUGCAGGCGUUGGAAGGGAAAGUGCACUGGAGCAAUGUAAAUGAAUCUGAGCCUUCUUUUGAAGCAACCAGAAGUAGGAACAGGUAUUCUGUAGCUUAUGCAGCACAAAAGCCUUGGUUAUUAAAUGCUACAGUAGAAGAAAAUAUUACCUUUGGAAGUCCUUUCAACAAACAGAGGUACAAAGCUGUCACGGAUGCCUGUUCUCUUCAGCCAGAUAUUGACUUAUUACCAUUUGGAGACCAAACUGAAAUUGGAGAGAGGGGCAUCAAUCUGAGUGGGGGGCAGAGGCAAAGAAUCUGUGUGGCACGAGCUCUCUAUCAAAACACCAACAUUGUCUUCUUGGAUGACCCAUUUUCUGCCCUGGACAUUCACUUGAGUGAUCACUUAAUGCAGGAAGGGAUUUUGAAAUUUCUCCAAGAUGACAAAAGGACACUUGUUCUCGUGACUCACAAAUUACAAUACCUGACACAUGCUGACUGGAUCAUAGCCAUGAAGGAUGGAAGUGUGCUAAGAGAAGGAACUUUGAAAGACAUUCAGACCAAAGAUGUUGAGCUUUAUGAGCACUGGAAAACACUUAUGAAUCGGCAAGAUCAAGAAUUAGAAAAGGAUAUGGAAACCGACCAGACAACUUUAGAGAGGAAAACUCUCCGAAGAGCCAUGUACUCAAGAGAGGCUAAAGCCCAAAUGGAGGAUGAAGACGAAGAGGAAGAAGAGGAGGAAGAUGAGGAUGAUAACAUGUCUACUGUAAUGAGGCUCAGAACGAAAAUGCCAUGGAAAACCUGUUGGUGGUACCUCACUUCUGGAGGAUUCUUCUUACUCUGCCUGAUGAUUUUCUCUAAGCUUUUGAAGCAUUCAGUUAUUGUGGCUAUAGACUAUUGGCUGGCUACAUGGACAUCUGAGUAUAAUAUAAACAAUACUGGAAAAGCUGACCAGACCUACUAUGUGGCUGGAUUUAGCAUACUUUGUGGAGCAGGUAUUUUCCUUUGCCUGGUUACAUCUCUCACUGUAGAAUGGAUGGGUCUCACAGCUGCCAAAAAUCUUCACCACAAUCUUCUCAAUAAGAUAAUUCUUGGACCAAUAAGGUUCUUUGAUACCACUCCCCUGGGGCUGAUUCUCAAUCGAUUUUCAGCUGAUACUAAUAUCAUCGACCAGCAUAUCCCUCCAACUCUGGAAUCUCUAACUCGCUCAACACUGCUUUGCCUGUCUGCCAUUGGGAUGAUCUCCUAUGCCACUCCCGUGUUCCUUGUUGCUCUUGUGCCUCUUGGAGUUGCCUUUUAUUUCAUCCAGAAAUAUUUCCGAGUUGCCUCUAAGGACCUCCAGGAACUUGAUGACAGUACCCAGCUCCCUCUGCUCUGCCACUUCUCAGAAACGGCUGAAGGACUCACUACCAUCCGGGCCUUUAGGCAUGAAACCAGAUUUAAGCAACGUAUGCUGGAACUGACGGACACAAACAACAUUGCCUACUUAUUCCUCUCAGCUGCCAACAGAUGGCUGGAGGUCAGGACGGAUUACCUGGGAGCUUGCAUUGUCCUUACUGCAUCUAUUGCUUCCAUUAGUGGGUCGUCCAAUUCUGGAUUGGUGGGCUUGGGUCUCCUCUAUGCACUUACGAUUACCAAUUAUUUGAACUGGGUUGUGAGGAAUUUGGCUGACCUGGAGGUGCAGAUGGGUGCAGUCAAGAAAGUGAACAGCUUCUUGAGUAUGGAGUCUGAGAACUAUGAAGGCACCAUGGAUCCUUCUCAGGUUCCAGAACAUUGGCCACAGGAAGGAGAGAUCAAGAUUCAUGAUCUGUGUGUCAGAUAUGAAAACAAUCUGAAGCCUGUUCUUAAACAUGUCAAGGCUUACAUCAAACCUGGGCAAAAGGUGGGCAUAUGUGGUCGCACCGGCAGCGGAAAGUCUUCCUUAUCGCUGGCUUUCUUCAGAAUGGUUGAUAUAUUUGAUGGAAAGAUUGUCAUCGAUGGGAUAGACAUUUCUAAACUGCCACUGCAUACGCUACGUUCUAGGCUUUCUAUCAUUCUGCAGGAUCCAAUACUAUUCAGUGGUUCUAUUAGGUUUAAUUUAGAUCCAGAGUGCAAAUGCACAGAUGACAGACUCUGGGAGGCUCUAGAAAUUGCCCAGCUGAAGAAUAUGGUCAAAUCUCUACCAGGAGGUCUAGAUGCAGUUGUCACUGAAGGUGGGGAGAACUUUAGCGUUGGACAGAGACAGCUGUUUUGCCUGGCUAGAGCCUUUGUCCGAAAGAGCAGCAUUCUCAUUAUGGACGAAGCAACGGCUUCCAUUGACAUGGCCACAGAAAAUAUCUUGCAGAAAGUCGUGAUGACAGCCUUUGCAGACCGCACUGUUGUCACCAUAGCUCAUCGGGUUCAUACCAUUCUGACGGCAGAUCUGGUUAUUGUGAUGAAGAGAGGAAAUAUUUUGGAAUAUGACACUCCAGAAAGCCUCUUGGCCCGGGAAGAUGGAGUAUUUGCUUCUUUUGUUCGUGCAGACAUGUGAAGGGGUGUCUAAAAAUGAUAUGUGUGUAUUAAACAAGGCAGUCAUGACCUACUUGACCUUUAUAGAGUGGCACCUUAAAUUUUUACAAACUUCUGUACAAGAAAAGAAGCUGACAUUCCUUUUUCCUGUUUUUUUGCCUGAUAGUUUUUCAAAGUAUCACCACUAAAUAUGUUCAUUACUGUAUGUCUUCCUGAUGGCAAACCACUAUAUCUUUAGGAAUAACAGGGUGUAUUAAAACAUAUAAGCUACUUUAAGUGGUAAAUCAACAGCUUACGUUUUCUCAUAACUUUAAGUCUGGUAAAUAACUUUCAAGCAUAGAUGUUGCAAUGAGUAGUCAGUAUUAUUACACUCUUCCUUGUAACACAUUUUCCUUGUUGGAACCUCCAAAUGUUAUUCUAAUAGAAUAAAGGAAGGAUGUGUUUUCUAAUGAAACACUCAAAUUCAUAAUCUACUUUAUGAGAAUAUUUUGUGUUCAUUAACAUACUGAUGCCGUUUUAACAGUUUCUUUUUUCCCCUCUAAAUAGUGUCACCAAGAAGUUAUCACAUGUAUAAUAGUUCCAUGAAGCCAAUGCCUAAAAUGGAAAGAUCAUGAAAAGAAAAACAUAUUUGAAAAAUUAUACUCAUUUCUACUCUUCUUUGUCCAGUAAUGAGAGAAUUCUUAAGGGCUCAGGCAUAACAUGCCUUUCCCAGACUGAAGUUCAAAGAGUGAUUAGGGUCAAUCCUUUAAUGGGAGGCCAAAUAUGCUUUUGAAGGAGUAAUUCUUCAUUAGUUGUGGUUAUGACCUGAAACCUAAAAUUCUUUGUGAUUCAAAGGAACACAGGCACAUGGCCUUUCUUCUUUUACACCUGUGCCAUACCUUAACCAUAUGCUAAUCAUGGCCAGUGAACAUUCUUUUAAGAUACCAGUAUUCCCUGUGAAACAGUUUGAUAUCAGGGUGGAAAUAUCUCACACUUUGAAGUUUUACAUAUAUAACAAGUUAUCUAUUUCUACUUGGAAGAUUUACCUCUGGACAUUUGUGCCACACAUGUAUCUAUUGUUCAUGCUCUAAUUUUAAUGUGUAUGUAAAGAAUACAUUAAAAAUUGAUAGGCUAUGGUUGGUUUUGCUUAAAUUGAAAUUUUAAAAUUUAAAUUACUGAAAGUUUCCAUCACUGUUAUGCUCAAAACAUAGUUUAUAUGGAAUUCUGUACCCAUUCUAUAUAAAUAUUAUUGAUUUUCAUAGGAUCCACAUACAAUGUAAGAUCUUGAAAACUUCUAAUUGACAGGCAAAGAAAUUGUGCUCUCUCUCCAUAGUCCUUGUGUUCAGUUUAUUGCAUUGUCUAUUAACUCUUUAAAAAAUUUUGAAUCAGAAUAUGUGUAUCAGAAUAUAUACACAUAUACAGAAUAUCACGAUACUUUUACCCAAAUAUAGAAUCCUAAUGUUGUUAAAAAAAAAAAUCUUCUACAAGGAUGGAUAAAAAUGGCCCAUGAGAAGCUUAAAUUGCUUCUCAUUGUUGUAUACAUAAAACUAAAUUGGAAAAAAAUUAUUGUUUUCCAAAGCUACACAAAACAGAAUUGGUACCCCUAAAUAAAUUCUCGAAAAUAUUUUCUAACAUUUUAACCAAUCUCCUAAAAUAUUGCUGGCAUGACAAUGUUUUGUGGAGAUUAAUAUGCAUUAUGCUUAUUACCAAGUUAUACCUCAUUGUCACAGAGGAGUAUAUUUUCACUAUAGAAAUAAUCCCUUUUGAUACUUGUGGAUUAUACUCUUAAAUGCUGCCAGGUCAGUGGCAGAAAAUCUCAUUACAUUAAACUGAGAAUCAUAGUUCCAUUUUUAUACCAAAGUGGCUUUUGGUCCUCUCCCUCAUCACUUUUACUUAAAUUUAGUAAAUGUUUAAUUGUUUACAAGACUAAAUUGACUGAAAAAAGUAAAGAAUGAUGCUUUCAAUCAAUCAUUUAUGAUAUCAUGUAUUAUCUACUGACUAUAAAAAUGACUCAUCUUGAAAUAAUUUUUGCUACAUGAAUAUAUAUUUGUAAAACAUGACCUGCUUGACCUUAUUAAUUUUUUACAUUUAUGGCUUUCACAUUUGACUAACCAAAUCAAUUUUAGGAAUGUUAAUUCCUUAAUGUUUGUAAAAAGCAAUAAAUUCACAAAACCUUAUAUUUACAUAACAACAAGGUAACUGUUGUCAUUGAAAAGAAAUUUCUCUUAAAAGAUUGUGUAUGGCCCACUUUUAUAAUAUUAUUCAUGACCCAUUCAGCUCUAGAUUAGAUGCUAGAUAACCCAAAAAAUGGGCACAUGAAUUCUGGGACCAUGUCUUGUUUGUCUUUGUUCCCUGACACUAAAUACUAAUGCCUAGCCCACAACAAGCCCUAAUAAAUACAGUUGAUUACUCCAUUGAUUAAUUUUACUGCUAGCCAUGUGCUAAUAACUAUGGGUUAUUCUCUUUGGUUUUCUGUGCUGUUUAUUCUACUAUUUAUUCUCUACAAUAUAUGAAAUAUGUUUAUUCUCUACAAUAAAGGUGUUUAUUCUCUAUAAAAUAUGAAAACAUUGGCUUGCAUUACAUAAUAAAUUACUCCUGUGGUUUGCUCAA